UAUUAUAUUACUAAAUGUCAUGAUAACUGUUGUACGACAAUAAACAUUUAGUAUGGACUCUGAGCUGCCAAAUAAAAUGGCACACUUGGAUAUAAUGGAAAUUGAUGAAUCUGUAGCGGAGGAAGCAAAUAAUGAAGAAAAUGUAACUGCUACAACUUCACGUGUUUUAAGGAAGCGAAAGUCAUUGGCAAUCGAGCCACCUAAACUUUCUAACCGUCGAGUUAGUAUAAGACCAAGAAAGCGUAAUAUUAAAGAAGAUGCAAAUCAAAAAGAAAUUGAAGCUCUGUAUCUUAACAAAAAAGUAAAAACAUUAUCUCAAACACUAGAGACAAUUUAUGAAGAGCCAAAAGUAAAUGCCUCUGGCUCAGAGACAAAUAUUCAUGGCAGAAAAGUUAAAAGAUUACUAACAUUUCAAUUAGGCAGCCAUUACACUAAAGAGAAAAUAAAAAGGCGACGAGCAAAAAUCAAAAAGCUCCUGGGGAAUAAAACAUUUUUGAAUAGAAAAAAAAUUCCAAUGCAAGUGUUUCUUAAAACCAUUGAAUGUCUCGAUCUGGAUGAAGUUGUACAUUCAGAAAGUAAAACCAUAGAUGAUGGACCCAACUCAUGAUCAUCAUAAUUCUAAGAUUCACCUCAUUUUUAGCCAUUUUUUUAGUUAUUUCUUAGUACAUAUUUACUAAAAGCAAUAUGUAAGUUGUAAUGUUUGAAUUAUGUGUAAUCUGAUCAUGUGUUUAAUUACACAACCUAGUUUUAUUUCUAUUCCCACAAAUAAUUUCUUUCAAAUUAUUGCAAUAAUUGUUAAAUGUGUGGUACAAAUAAAGUAAAUAAUUUACUAGGCACAAUGAAAGAGAAUUUUGCAUUGAC